AGGUCAGGGGUUGUCGGGGGGAGAGCAAGAUGGCGGCAGGCGGGUGACAUCGGCAAUGAUUUGUCAGGCAGUUAGUACUUCGACAUAAUAGGCUUGUGCAGCAGUUAUCAUAUCCCGAGCAACUCUAGAAUUAGCCAGUCCAUUUAUGGCGCUGUUGUACAGCUUAUUGUGGCGGCUCUUGCUGUUUCUGCUUCACGGCAGAGCGCUCGUCUCCUGGCUCCGUGCCCGUCUUCGGAGCUGGAAGGGGCGGCUGUGGGAGCGGGCAAUGGCCACAUUACUACUCCCAAUGGCCCUAGCUGGCUUCCCGGACCACCGGAGGAAGUCAAACCAUAACCCCGACGCUCAUGGCACGGCCGCAAAUGGAAACAGCGCUCCUAAUCGCCGACACCGGUGGCUGAACGACGGCCGGUCUUUAGAGAAGUUGCCGAGCCACAUCGGCCUGUUAGUAGCGGAAGAGGAGCCCAGCUACACGGACAUCGCCAACCUGGUUGUGUGGUGUAUGGCUGUUGGUAUAUCCUAUGUCAGCAUCUAUGAUAAUCACGGUAUUUUCAGGAAGAACAACUCCCGUCUGCUGGAGGUGAUAGUGAUGCAACAACAGCAUCUGCUCGGUACAGAGGGAUCCAAAUAUACUGUGGAGUUCCUGAGCGAUUGCGCCGACGAACACCGUGAUAAUGUGGUGUCAUGCAGGCCCACAGUGAAGGUGCUGUCCCCAGAAGACGGAAAGCAGAGUAUUGUUCAGGCUGCACAGCAACUCUGUCGCUCUGUGGAAAAUAAAGAGAGGAGCUCCAAAGACAUCACCGUCUCCAUGCUGGACGCACUGCUCAGAGAGUCAAAUCAUCUUCCAGAUCCAGAGAUGGUGGUGAAGUUUGGACCUGUUGACAGCACUCUGGGCUUCCUCCCCUGGCACAUCAGACUCACUGAAUUCAUUUUCCAGGCUACAAACAUGAGAAGACACCAAUGCAUCUCCAGCGUGCAAGACGGAGCACAGGAGGCUCCUCCUCCUCCUCCUCCUCCUCCUCCUCCUCCUCGAGGCCACUGGCCGUCUUCUCUCGCUCCUGUCGCUCGAGAAACGAUGCUGCCCGUCGUGUCCACUGCGGAGAGCCUGCCCAGAGGCGCGGGGACGCCGGCACCGGGCGUGUGCCGGCGGGUCAGGGAGGUCUUGAGCAGGGACCUGCUGGUGACAUUGGCCUUAGGUCAGGUCCUGUCCUUGUUGAUCUGUGCCAUCGGCCUGACUAGCAAGUACUUGGCUGAUGACUUCCACGCCAGCACACCAGUGUUCCAGAGCUUUCUCAGCUACAUCAUGCUGUUUCUGGUCUACACCACCACGCUGGCAGUCAGGCAAGGUGAAGGAAACUUGUUGGCCAUUUUGAAGCAGCGCUGGUGGAAGUACAUGGUUUUAGGUUUGAUAGACAUCGAGGCCAACUACCUGAUACUAAAAGCUUACCAAUACACCACACUGCCCAGUGUACAGCUGUUAGACUGCUUUGUCAUCCCAGUGGUCCUGCUGCUGUCCUGGUUCUUUCUAUUGGUGAGGUACAAGGCCGUCCACAUUGCAGGCACGGUAUUGUGUCUUUUGGGUCUCGGGUGCACGGUGGGGGCUGACGUCCUACUUGGCCGGCAGCAGAGCCUCGGGGAACAAAAGCUGUUUGGUGAUCUGUUAGUUUUGGGAGGAGCAACUUUGUACGGGAUCUCCAACGUUUGUGAGGAGUUCAUAGUGAAGAACCUGAGUCGCGUGGAGUUCCUGGGCAUGAUGGGUCUCUUUGGUUCGUUUUUCAGUGGCAUCCAACUGGCCAUAAUGGAACACAAAGAACUGCUGAAGGUUCCCUGGGACUGGCAGAUAGGUCUUCUCUAUGUGGGCUUCAGCGCCUUCACGUUCAGCCUGUACAGCUUCAUGCCGCUGGUCAUGAAGAAGACGAGUGCCACCUGGAUCAACCUCUCUCUGCUCACAGCUGACCUAUACAGUCUCCUCUGUGGCCUCUUCCUCUUUCAUUACAGGUUUUCUUGCCUCUAUUUGUUGUCGUUCUUCAUCAUUAUCUUGGGCCUGGCGGUUUAUUCCUCUGCAUCCACCUAUGUGGUUCAGGACCCCCGAGUCUACAAGCAGUUCAGGAACACAGUCGACCAUCGUACCAGUGACCCUCUCCAGCCCAGUCAUAGAGUCUCGGAGCCUUCAGUAGCAUACACCAGUUUGAGCCCUGAGUCGGGGGAGGAACUAAUUUAAGAUGGUCAAUGAGAUUGUUGACUCGUGGUGGACAUGUGGGAUGCAAAUGUAUGCAUGGUUUGGUCCUCAGUUGUGUACAAAAAGUUGUUUCUAGUCUGUUGAGCAGGUAAAACUGGCUGAUCACUUACUCAAUGAACCAUAUAUUGAUUUUAUGGUCUGUACUAAGGGAUAAGCUUGUGAUCCUCAAGCUAUGACAAAUCCUCGUACCCACCCGAAUGUGUACCUGAAAGAGACUGAAUGGUAUUAACUCAAGACUGGACCCUACAGUGGCGAUUGUAAAUUAUGAAGGAUGUCCAUAGUUGGUACACACACUAAUGUUAUGUUUUUUCUUUUUAGUACUGUGCUGUUUGUGCUUGAUAAGUGCAUAAACUAUGUUCCUGUUUGUGUAUGGGUGCUUAAUGUUUUGUUUUGUGUUUUUACAUUUUACAGCAAAGCCAUCUGCUAAAACAGAACUACAUGGUAGUUAUCAAUGACUUGAGCCCUUAACGACUUACUGCCACAAAUGGAACUGACACUGUCCAGUAAAUUGAUUUUAUUCAGUUACAAUUUAUGUUUGUAUCAAUAUUACAGGAACACUGUGGUCUGCUUUCCGAAAUUAUAUAAAAUAUUACGAUUAUUAAAAACUUAUGGACGUUUGGACUUUUACACACAUUUGCAGGUUUUGUCGCUUAAAAAUGCUUCCCAGCGCCUGCUAUGCACUUUUUUUUCCUUUUCAGUCCUAACUUCACACAGGCUGCUUUCCAAGCCAAUCCUGGGGCUUUUUAGGCUAGAGCGCUCCCCUUUACACGAGUUACAGGCAGUGCUUUGAAGCCCAAAACUUAGUUUGGGCUUUUACACACAUUUACAGUUUUUAUCGCUUAAAAUUGCUUCCCAGCCUCUCUUCAGUGCACAUGAAAGCCUGCGUGGAGUUUGCUAGAAAACACCUGAAGGACGCCCAAGAUGGCGAGAAAUAAGAUGCUCUGGUCUGAGAAGACCAAGAUAGAACUUGUUGGCCUUAAUUGUAAGUGGCAUGUGUGGAGAAAACCAGGGACUGCUCAUCGCCUGUCCAAUACAGUCCCAACAGUGAGGCAUGGUGGUGACAGCAUCACGCUGUGGGGGUGUUUAACAGCUGCAGGGACAGGGAGACCGGUUGCAAUCGAAGGAAAUAUGAAUGCGGCCAAGUACAGGGAUAUACUGGACGAAAACCUUCUCCAGAGUGCUCAGGACCUCAAACUGGUUCAUUCUUCAAACAAGACAAUGACCCCAAGCACACAGCCAAAAUACCGAAGGAGUGGCUUCAGAACAACUCCGUGACUGUUCUUGAAUGGCCCUGACUUAAACCCCAUUGAGCAUCUCUGGAAAGACCUGAAAAUGGCUGCCCACCAACGUUCACCAUCCAAUCUGACAGAACUGGAGAGGAUCCCCAAAUCCAGGUGUGAAAGACUUGUUGCAUCAU